AUGGCUCCUAGAAAACGUACAGCAAAGUCAUCAGCACCUGCCAAGAUCCGCAAAGAUGGAGAGCCGCCAGCUCCGUUCAAAAAGGUCUCGGAGAUGCUGGAGCCAUUGACCAAGGGCAUGUCCAAGAAGCACGUUUACAUUGCGCACAUUGACGGGAAGCCGGCCGACUUUAAGCGCAAAAUCUUCCUUGUCCCGGUCCUCAUGAACGUCGCUGUCGCCGUGGCCUUUGUUUUCCGCAUGUACUAUAUCCUGCCAUACUACUUUACCAUCCUGGUCAAGGCCAUGGCUCAGCAUCCCUCCAGCUUUCCGGGGGAGACGACGACGACGUGGUCGGAGCUGGGCUGGGAGAUUGCCCGGCGGGGAUUCCGCAUGUUUGUGGACCUGAUGCUCUUCGUCUUCGUCUGGCCGUGGCCGGUGGAAUUCGUCGCCGGGCGGACGCACGGCAGCCCGGCCAAGUGGCGAUGGGCGGUCGGGUUCCGGGACAAGGAGAUUUACGUGCGGCGCAGCCGGGACUGGCAGGCGGUGCUGGGGGACGUGACGGAGGAGCCGGACUCGAACAAGAUCUUCACGAGCUACGUGGCGCAGGCGACGUCGCCGAUGCUGCAGGAGCAGAAGACGGGCUACCUGCUGAUGAACAACAGCUGGGACCUGGACUGGAAACUGAUGGCGCGGGCGCACAGCAUGGUGGACCGCAAGGAGGCGGCGCUGGAGGCGUUCCAGAACGCGGUGCUGGUGCACCACGAGGACUACGGCUGGCUGAGCUACGAUGUGAAGCUGGGGGCGUCGAAGGAGGAGGAUCAGAAGCGGCGGCAGGUAUUUGCGUUUCGCGAUGCGCUGUCGGCGAUGGGCAAGGAGGACCUGUUCUACCGCUGGGUCGAGAUUGUGCAGUUUGAGGCGACGCAGCCGGGCGGGUUCGGGCCGGAGAAGCAAGAGGUGGCGGCCAAGAAGAUUCGGGAGCUGUUUGAGGGGCAAGGCGUCGACUUUGAUGAGCUGUGGAAGGAGACGGUUGGUGAGGAUGUCGACAAGCUGGAUUGA